GCGGGAGCUGUGACCUCGGAUACCUCAGACAUGCGACUGACAGGCCGUUACCACGGAGAUCACCGCUGCCUGAGUGUCAGACACCUGAAGUUUCAACUUUUCGACUAAACCACCUUUAUACUGCUACAACAACCACCAGAGAGAGAGAGAGAAAGGGAGAGAGAGAGAAAGAAAGAGAGAGUCUUCAUCUUCAGGGUUUCAUCGUUGAGGGAGCGGAAAGGCCAGUCGUUUUCCCUCCAGAACGGGACACAUGGCUUCAAACAGCAUCUUUGACGCAUUCUCCAAUUACUCGUCUAGUUUACUGCGAGACCCAAGCACGAGCAGACGGUUCACGCCGCCCUCCGCCUCAUUCCCGUGCGGCAAAGUGAGCGAGAGCCCGAACAUGAGCGCACCGGGCCCGCUGAGAACCGGGCGGCCCGUGGAGACCCGCUCUGUGGUGGACGUACUAGCGGAUCACGCCGGAGAGCUGGUGCGCACGGACAGCCCAAACUUUCUGUGCUCCGUCCUGCCGUCACACUGGAGGUGCAACAAAACUCUGCCCGUAGCUUUCAAGGUGGUGGCUCUGGGUGAUGUUCCUGACGGGACUCUGGUCACGGUGAUGGCGGGAAAUGAUGAGAAUUAUUCCGCGGAACUGAGAAACGCGUCGGCAGUGAUGAAGAACCAGGUGGCGCGAUUCAACGACCUGCGCUUCGUGGGAAGAAGCGGCAGAGGUAAGAGCUUCACUCUGACCAUCACUGUGUUCACCGGACCACCCCAGGUUGCCACAUACCACCGCGCUAUCAAAGUCACCGUGGACGGACCUAGAGAGCCAAGACGUCAUCGCGUGAAGCCGGACGAUCCUCAUAAACAGUUUUCCGAUCGUCUCGGGGACAUUGAACGCUUUCAACGGAUGAGAAUGAACCCUGGCAAUGGGACCGCGCGCCCGCACCAAACACAUUACAGCCCCACCGGCACCUCACAGAUACCAGACGAACGACUUUGCAGAUCGUUAUCAUUGAUGGACAGCUACAUUACACACUGCAAUAAAGGAUUGUGGCCAGAUCAGAUCGAUGCUCCUGGACUGAAAACCUGCAAAGUUGAAGAUGACAUACGCUGGUCAGGUACAGAUCUGUUCCAACAGAGACCAUCGUUUCCAUCGCUGUCCCCAUUAACAGCUCCCCGUUUCUCUGAUUCACACAUGCAUUAUCCGGGUCCCUUCACCUACUCUGCCAACCCAUCCAGCACUGGAAUCGGAGGUCUCAGCGUGGCUAGCAUGCCCACCUCUAGCCGCUACCACACCUACUUGCCGCCUCCGUAUCCAGGCAACCAGAACCAGAAUUCCCACUUCCAGACCAACUCCUCACCGUAUCACCUGUACUACGGCACUGGAUCCGGCUCUUACCAGUUCUCCAUGGUUCCCACCGGCAGCACAGGAUCUGGGGGCGAAAGGUCACCCACACGCAUGCUGACGUCGUGCACCGCGGCAGGCGGAGCCGGGGGAACCGCAGGAGGGAACAACAGCCUGAUCAACGCCAGCCUUGGUAACCAAAGCGACGGGGUGGACGCCGACGGCAGUCAUAGCAAUUCACCCACGGCGAUGAGCGGGUCGACACGCAUAGACGAGUCGGUCUGGAGGCCUUACUGAGAGAGUAAAAAAACUGGAAAAAUUAUAGAAACAGAUCAAAGGUUACAAGUCUUGCAUGUUUGAUUGUUUUGGGGGGGUUUGUUUUAAUAUGCCAUGUCUAUCGCUUCUAAACCAAAGACAUUGAAUGGCCAAAGACUAUUAAACGGACAGCUGACCUGUGAUCUACAUUUGCUGUGGACCGGACAGAAACGGACCUCCAUCGAUCCAAUGAAAUGGAAGGAGGAACCAAGUACCACAGGGAAACAAGGUGUAUAUAGAAAGAAUUUCAUAAAAAAAUGUUAAAAGUAAAAACAACCCAUAGUAAUAUAUCAGCUAUGUUUUUUGUUACUGAUAAAACCAAAGAAAACAGCUGUAGGUGCUUGUGUAGCCAAUAUGAAGGGGAUGUGUCUGUCCCAGUGUGUGUUUCAUCUGAAACAAGCCAAUUUAUCCAGCCUUCAAAUCUGCCUGAAAGCUGUCAUUCCCAAAGUGCUUUGCUCCAAAGACCAUUUAUCAUGCACAUAGGAAAAACUCACAAAAGCCACAGGACUUUGGUGGUGUCGGCAUUAAAGGACAGAGUGUGGAACUUUAAACGUGUAAAUACGGCACAAAUUCACAGAUGAUAAACAAAGCUUUCAUCCAAGGUGUCAGGUACUUUCCAAACGGCUGAAAUAGUCUUUAAAUAGUAAAAUGUGUAGGUCAAUGAACUAAAAUAUGUUUGUCAUUGAAAGAAUAUUAGGGUGAAUCUUAUGAAAUCUUAUCCUCAAAACCAACAAGAGAAAUAAGAAUUAUAUAAGAAAAUGAAGCCUAUUUAAAUUUUAUACAUUGUUUUACUAUUAUUAUACUUAUUUAUGCUGAUGAAUUUAUAACUUAUUACAAUACUGUACUGCAGUAAAACAAUACUGUAUUACAGUUACAAAAAAAACCCUAAAAUGUCUAAACUGAUUAUUGAGAAUUUGAGAAGUCAAUAAAGCAAUGCUAAAACUCUUUAUGGUCUUUAAAACAGGCUUCACUGUCUUUUCCCAUGUAUAGAUUAUUUUUCGAGUUUUUGUGAGAUUCACCCUAGCAGUAAGUUGUUGUUUUGUUGAAUGUUUGAAACAAAACUCUUUUUUAGAAUCCAGAGACAGACCGGCGUUUUUUUUUUUUUUUUGCUUUGCGCCAAAAUCAUGAACAAUUAAUUUGCCUUUUGAACUUGUGGGGACUUGUCUGUUGUUUUAAUUUUAUUUUAAUAGUUUUAGAGUAAUUAUUUUUAUCUCAGUGUUGAUUGCUUUUAAUGACUUGCAGUUUCUUCAGACUUACUGUGGUUUGUUUGAACUCACUUUUUACGGUUUGUGUAUUUUUUAAUUUAUUUGAGCCAACGUGUAUAACGUUCCUGUUUCCGGGUCACGAACAUUUCGCAUUUGUUUUUUACUAUCUCUAUCGAUUUCUUUGUUAAUCUUUGUUUUAAUAUAAAAUUGGAAUUUGUGCUACUGUAAUAUAUUCUUUCUAAAUUAUACAAAAACAAAUUUUAAUGUAAUGUCUAUGUUUUCCAAUGCAGCUUAAUGCACUAAAACAUUUAUUUAAUAGGAUGUAUGUUCUUGUAAACCACAUAAUGGAGAUAUUCACACACCGUAUAACAUUCAUACUGUACCGGAUAGAGUUCCAGAUCAUAUAAACCCUCAGGUGAACUCAACCCGUGCUAGCCAAAGAUUCAGACAAUCACCUGUUGUCAUUCGUCGUCUCUCAAGUGUGAAAAAUAUGUUGCUCUAAGCACCUACAUUAUCUGUCUAUUUUUCCUGCCUUGUUCUUGGGAUGACUGAAAUCGGAGACAAUAAUUGGGCACGUUUGAAAGGAGAUCAGCCUUGAUUAUUUGAAUAACAAAACCAUGCACUCACUCAUACAAGGGCAGUAAAGUGGCCAUGACACACACACACACACACACACACACAUUCACGUAACAGGUGUAAGUGAAUAUUUCAGCACAUAACCGAUAGGUUUUUCCCAAGCUCACACCUGUUGCUGUUACCUAAGGGCAAAGAACCCAAAAAGAGUGAAGGAAACAGAUAGAAAGAUAAAUGAUGUGGGAGAGGUAUCUCUUUACACAAUCAUUGGUCAACCUUAAGGCCUGCUAUCUGAGCAAAAGCGACCGUGUUCAGUUUGAUUCAUAGCCGCUUUGAUGUCUUUAUGGGGGUAUAUUGCCCCUCUCGUAUGAUUAUUGCCUAAAGCCAGUGACUACGGGAAAGAUGGUGGUACCUAUUACAGGCAAGAGGCGUUUCUCUGCUGCAAUGACUUCUGGGUAACAAAAACUAAGGGGUACAUAAAAUUACUCUGUGGCAAGGUACAGAUCUAUCUUUCUAUAGCAACUGGCUUAUUUUCAUAAAAGUUGAUGACAAUCUUUAAAAAGUUUGUGUUAAUGGAUUGAAAGACCAACGCAAUUAAACGAAAUCGAUGUUUAUCCUAUAUUCGCUAUGAAGGGCUAAACGAAUAUAUUUGCUGGCCCAAAUGAACAGGACCAAAUGUAGCGUAUCUAUUUAUCCACUGUAUCAAAUAUUGAUCUUUAUUGUGUGUUGCACUUAACUGUCGAUUGGAGAACAAAUGUUCCCAGUGAUAAAUGAAUCUUUGUAAAGGAGCUACAAUGCAUUGAUAUGCUGAAAGAUUGAUAAAGCACAACACACUCCUGUACAGAACAAAUUGUCCUAUUCGCACCAUAUGUAAUUUUGACUCUGAAAAUAUCUCUUCUGUUCCUUCAUUGUGUGUUAAUGAUGUAGUUUUUUAAUGCAUUUUAAUUAAAAAAUGAUCAGGCA